UAAUGCACCCGAAUGAUGUGAGUCAAGCAUUACAGUCCACAAGGUACUGCUCGUCCGUAACAUGUAAAGCGAAAUUUCCUUACACGGAGCUGCUCUCCAUGUUUCUCUCUCUCUCUUUCUCGCACUCGCAUCCUCUUCGUCCUGUGGUCUUCUCUUUCCGACUUCCACGUUUCUUAUCUCUUUCGCUCUCAAAUGCUUCAUCAUUCUUCACAUUGAAGUAAAAAUCUUCACUCCACACUCAAAAGCACUCUUCAUUUCUUCAUCGGAAAGAAUGGGCAAGGCAUCAAAAUGGUUUCGCUCUGUUUUUGGUCUGAAGAAUUCAGACUCCUCGUUUUCGCCGUCUCCGUCGACUAUACCCCCUGGCUCAGCUUCAAAACCUCUCAAAGAUAAACGCAGGUGGAGCUUCGUCAAGUCUUACAGGGAAUCCGGCGGUACCAAAGCCUCCGACCACCUCACUACGUUCAGAGAGGAAGCGGUUACACCGUCCGGACACAUCGACAGCUUGCGUCCUGAUAAGCACGCAAUGACGGUGGCUGCUGCCAAGUCUGCGGUUGUGGAAGCGGCAGUGGAUGCUGCUCAGGCCGCCGCCGCCGCCGCCGCCGUUGUCAGGCUCACGAGCAGCGGAAGGUGCUCUGGAAGCAUCGGGACUCGUGAGGAAUGGGCAGCCAUCAAGAUUCAAGCCGCUUUUCGGGGCUGUUUGGAAGCGAGCAUUAAAAGGAUUAAAAGGAGAGCACUGCGAGCAUUAAAAGGAUUGGUAAAGCUUCAGGCAUUGGUGAGAGGUGAUAUUGAUAGGAAGCGAACAGCAGAGUGGUUGCAUAGACUACAUGCAGUUGUUCGAGUACAGCCGCGUGUCCGUGCAGGACGAACCCAAAUUCUACAGACGCCAUUUUCAAAUUCUAAGUCAUCUAAACCAGACUUCCAUGUUCCAGCUACACCAGACAAAUUUGAAAGCCCGAUCAGAUCCAAGAGCAUGAAAUUUGAUCAUUCUUCAUCACUCAAGAGAAAUGUGUCCAAAUCCCAUGUUCAGAUCCAUGGGAAUCAAGAGAAAUGUUGGGAUGAUGCAAAAAGCUACAAGAUUCUUGAGAUUGAUUCUGGAAAACUGCACUUCCCGCCAAAACGCCGAAACCUCUUUCACUCCAUUAACUAUCCUUCAGUAUGUGAUAAUUACAGCCAAAGUUUCUCUACUGCAAAGGACUCAAAAAGUCAUCAGUCAGGCCAGAGCACGUCUUCGGUUGACGAAGGCGUUGUGGAUAGUUCUCAGCUUUUUUCUGUCUUCUCAAGGAACUCCGUCCUCAAAAGUAGUCCUUUUACUCCUAGCAGAAGAGACGACUCAAGAAGCUAUCUGAGUUCUCAUUCAGACUACCCAAGCUACAUGGCUUACACUGAAUCUUCUAAGGCAAAAGUCAGAUCUCUGAGUGCUCCAAAACAAAGGCCUCGAUAUGAGAGGUCUAGUUCAUCCAAUAGGUACUCUGUUCAAGGAUUGACCACCCAAAAAGCAAAUGCAUUGCACGCGAACUUCACGAGCAAAGCGUAUCCAGGUUCUGGUCGUCUGGACAAGGAUGGUAUGCCAGUGGGGUAUAGAUGCUAACGUUUAUGGUUGUGUUGAAGGGUUUUGGACCCGGCUUUGGUAGUGUGGGCCAAAAAAAAAAAAAAAACCUGUUUUUAGCUGUUUCCAAGGUUCGUUUUGUUUUGAACUUGUAUUAGAACUAGCUGGUAGAAGAAAGAAGAAAGAAAAAAAGAACUUGUAUUAGGACUCUGAUAAUAUGAUAUCUCAGUGAUAAUUAACUUAUUUAGGUUCCUCUCAGUGGUGUCUUGUUUCAUGCAGGUGAGUUCUUCCUUUAGAUAUCAUUGUUUAAUAGAGGCUUCAAUUUUGUAUCCAUUUUA